AUGUCCGCGCACGUCGUCGCCUCGAGGAGCGUCGUCGUCGUUGCGACGACGCGUCGCGCUCGCGCGCCCGUCUCCGUCCGCGCGACGACGACGCCGCGCGAGCGCGCGUCGACGAGAUCAACGUCAUCAUCACCCGAGGAUGGCGACGACGCGACGACGACGCGUCGCGCGAGAGCGACCGCGUGCGCGGCCGCGUGCGCGCUCGCGCUCGCGUCUUCCCCGCUCGCGUCCGUCGCGGCGGGCGCGGAGUCGACGACGAUCGCAGAGUUCAACGCGUCCGGGAUCGUCUUCAAAGACGCUGUCAACGUGGUCGCGCUGAGAGACCCAGACGUCUCGGGGGUGACGUUAUACCUCUCGGAUUUCUCCAGAAGCCUCAGCGCGAAAGCGAAGAGCGGGGACUUCUUCACGGAGCCGUCGCAGACGUCGUUGGGGUGCGUCCGCGCGGAGACCGUGCGCGUGGACGGCGACAUCGCCGGAUUCCAAGGCAAGGAGCUCUUCAGCGAGCGAAAGAACAUCAAUUUUCUCAACCAGAAAAACUUGAAGGUUCGCCGCGUCUUCGACGCGGCCAAUGACGUCGUGCUCUACGUGUCGUACAGCACGCGAACGGCGAGCAGCUCGAAGGACGACGGCCCGAGCGCGGGGCAGUACAAGACGUCGGUGUGCGCGAUACAGCUCAAGCCGGGGGAGGCGACCGGCGGGAGCGCCGCGCCCUCGUAG